GUUAGCAGCUCAUUCGCCAUUUUUUCUCGCUCAUUCUUUUUGCUGUUCAAGUGAGCGCGUGGCAGGUCGUUCCGCAGUGUUCCCGGUCCGGUGCAGUUGUAGUUGCAUUUUCGCCAGCGAUUUAGACGCCAUCUUCCGACAACCCAAUCACCAUGAAGAUCUACAAGGAUAUCAUCACCGGCGACGAGAUGUUCGCUGACACGUACAAGAUGAAACUGGUGGACGAUGUGAUCUACGAGGUGUACGGCAAGCUGAUCACCCGCCAAGGUGACGAUAUCAAGCUGGAGGGCGCCAAUGCUUCCGCCGAAGAGGCCGACGAGGGUACCGACAUCACCUCGGAGUCGGGCGUGGAUGUUGUGCUGAACCACCGACUGCAGGAGUGCUUCGCCUUUGGCGACAAGAAGUCGUACACCCUCUACCUGAAGGACUACAUGAAGAAGGUGCUGGCCAAGCUGGAGGAGAAGUCGCCCGACCAGGUCGAUAUCUUCAAGACCAACAUGAACAAGGCCAUGAAGGACAUCCUCGGCCGCUUCAAGGAGCUGCAGUUCUUCACCGGCGAAUCCAUGGACUGCGACGGCAUGGUGGCCCUGGUGGAAUACCGCGAAAUCAACGGCGACAGCGUACCCGUGCUGAUGUUCUUCAAGCACGGUCUCGAUGAGGAGAAAUGCUAGAUGGAUCCCAAUCCGCCCCAGAAGCAUCUUCCCCCAAACGGAACCUAUACUCAUGCAUACCUUCUACACAUAUAUUUAUCAAAUGCUUAGUUACAAUUUUGAAAGUCUUAAAUUUAUGUUAAAAUGCUGACAAAAAUGCCUGUCCCUCGAUCUGUGCGAUUUUAUUUCUGAUUUCUUUCGGCCGGAGCACUCAUAAAUUCGACUUUAUGUAUGUUUAUUGUUUAAUCACAGCGAGCUAAACAAUUGAAUUGCGCCAACUAUUGUAAUUAAAAUAAUAUUUUGAUAGCAACACCUACAAUUAGUAUGCAUUUUCGCUAAGAAAUCGAAAAACAACUACGACCGAAAAUGGGAACACCAGUACUGAAAUUAAACGGAACACCUAUACAAAACAACUCUAAA